GGAAGUGACUAGUCACUGAGAGCUGCCAGUGAACAAUUCUGGGAAAGAGAGAGAUGAGAGAGGGAGGAAGAGGGGGGGAGAGAGAGCAUGUGUGAUGAGCAAUAGCUGUGGACCUUACAGUUGCUGCUAACUGCCCUGGUGUGUGUGCGAGAGGGAGGGAGAGAGAGAGAGAGAGAGAGAAAGAAAGGGAGGGGAGGGAGUGGAGAGGGUGGGGGGAGAGAUAAGAAAGAGAGAGAGUGAGAGAGCAGGAAAAAGGAGAGAGAAGGAAGGAAGGAACACCAAGGAAGAAAGGGGACAAUACAAUCAUGCUGUGCUGUAUGAGAAGAACAAAACAGGUUGAGAAGAAUGAUGACAUUGACCAAAAGAUCGAACAAGAUGGCAUCAAACCAGAAGAUAAAGCUCAUAAGGCAGCCAUCAAAAUUCAGGCUAGCUUCCGUGGGCACAUAACAAGGAAAAAGCUCAAGGGUGAGAAGAAGGGAGAUGCCCAAACUACUGAUGUUGAAGCUGGAGAGAAGAAGGAGGAAGUCCUUGUCAAUGGUCUGGUGGACGGCAAAGCUGCCAUUACAGAAGCUGCUCCAACUGAGAAAGCCCUGCCUGCUGAUGGCAGCAAAGGGGGAAGCAGCCCGGCAGAUGAGAAGCAGGGGGAAGGCACAGCUGAUCCUGGUUCAGAACAACCUGCCCCAAAGGCCACCACUCCUGCUGCCCCGUCGGAGGACAAGACCGCUCCUGCUGCCACCGAAACGGAAAGUGCCACUAAAGCUUCCACUGAUAACUCUCCAUCCUUGAAGGCCGAUGAAUCCCAAGUCAAGGAGGAACCUAAACAAGCCGAUGUGCCUGCCACUGUCACCACCGCCGUUACCCCCAGUGCUGCAGAGGAUGCUACUGCCAAGGCAACAGCGCAACCCCGAACAGACACGGCAGAGAAUAGCCAAACCGAAGAGAAGACAGAUGCUGUAGAAGAAACCAAACCUUCUGAAAGUGCCCAGCAGGAAGAAGUGAAAGAAGACGAGAGCAAGGCGGACCAAGAAAAUGCCUGAACAUUACGAAAUGACCCCCUGUUGCCCUGCCCUCCCUCCUCUCUCCCUUGACCUUCCCUCCUUUCCUUGUUCCAAUCUUACCCUCUCCCACUCACACACCCGUGAGUCUGUCUGUCCUCUUUGUGCCCUUCUUCCCCCCACUUGACCCUUUUUCUCUCUGUGUGGCAAACAUUUAAAGAAAAAAAAAAGCAGGAAAAAUCCCAGUCAAAAAGUGUGGCUUAAACAUUUUGUUUCUUGGUGUUGUUAUGGCGAGUUUUUUGGUAAUGAUGAUCCAAUCAUUUUGGGAAAAUUCUUGCACUGUAUCAGAAUUGUUUGAUCUGCGCGUGCGUGUGUUUGUCUGCCCGCCACAAGUGCGCCUCUCUCUCUCUCUUUCUCUCCCUCUCUCUCUCUCUCUCUC